AUGUCAACUGCUACUAUUUCAAUCUUUACAAUUCUUUCACAUCAAGUUACUAUUUAUUUGGGUUUAUUUAUUCUAAUAACUGGUUGUUUUGGUGGACUUUUAAAUAUUAUCAUAUUUUUAAGUCUUCAAACAUUUCGACAAAAUUCAUGUGCAUUUUAUUUAACAGCUAUGUCAUUUGCUAAUAUUGCUCAUUUAACUAAUAGUUUACUUAGUCAUAUUAUAAUUUAUGGUUAUGGAAUUGAUUGGCCAGCAAAAUCAAUAAUUUAUUGUAAAAUACGAUUUUUUUCUAUUCAAUUAUUUUUAUUAACUUCAUUAACAUGUAUGUGUUUCGCAACACUUGACCAAUUUUUAGCAACUUGUUUUAAUCCAUUUUGGCAUCGAUGGAAUAAUAUUAAAGUAGCUCGAUAUGCUGUAAUAGGAACUAUUUUAGUUUGGCUUCUUCAUGGAAUUCCAUCUCUACUUUAUUUUAAUGUCACUGUAUCAUCAUCCAAUACGAAUCUAUCUUUUUGUUUAAUGACAAAUAGAGUCUUUCAACAAUAUUUCACAUAUGGUUAUGCUUUUAUCCUUAUGGGUAUUUUACCUCUUGUCAUAAUGGUCUUAUUUGGUUCCUUAGCGUAUUAUAAUGUACGAAACUUGGCUUAUCAAACUGUUCCAUUAGUUCGACGUGAAUUAGAUAAACAAUUAACAAAAAUGGUACUUGUUCAAGUUAUUUUCAAUAUCUUUGUAUUAAUACCAUUCGUGAUUGCUGCUCUUGUAGCUUUUAAUUUACCAGCUAAUGAUCGAAUAAGACCAUUAUGA